AUGUCGCUAGGAAACCGAGAGGAUUCCGAAGCGGCCGCCCAAGAUGAAGGCGAUUGGGUUUCUCGGAACGACAGCACCUCCGUGUUGACGUCAGCAGAUUCGCAGGUCAAUUUGCUUUCUUCCACUUCAUCAAAUGGACUCGUGAACCUUAUAAAAGACGACGAGGAGACCAGCGCCAUUGACUUGGCCGUGCUUGGUGAUACGUGCUCCAUCUGUCUGCAAACAUUAGUGGAUCCUGUAAUGCUUACAACCUGCUAUCAUGUCUACUGUCUUGAGUGUCUCAGCACCUGGGCACACAGUUUGGCACUACAUGGUGUAGUACGGCCAACGUGUCCACUGUGUAAGAAUCCGUUCGAGGACGUGUACGCUAAUGUGCGAAGUGAAACAGAUUUUGAGCUCCUUCGCUUCCAAGGACGACGCAUACAUAAUCAUGGAAGAGAAAAGAGGCAGAAUAAUUAUGUUACUAGCCGGGAGAGACGCCGUUCACUUGUCUACCGACGUCAUAUGCGACUUGCUCGAGUAGCUGGAAACCAGGUUGAAGAUUUGCUCACUUUUCCAAAAAUGCAUAAAGUUCAAGGAGAGUACGAAGCGUGGAUUGAAACCGAGUUGAGAGCUUGUAUUGGACGGGAUAUAGAACUGACGGUACUGUUGGCAAUCAUCCAAUGCUGUUUAAAUACAAUUACGCAAUGUGGACCCGCGAAAUGCUAUGAUGAGCUCCAGCAAGCUCUCACGCCGUUUUUAUACGAAGAUGCCGGUCUAUUUGUGAGAGAAUUGGCAUUUUUUCUCGGCUCGCGACUGAAUGUAGAUGCAUAUGACGCUGCUGUUGAGUAUUGUUGUGAAAAUGCAGCAGAGUGCGAGAAUACACUGUGCGCUGGAAGCUAA